AUGCCUGCCCCAUAUCAGGUGGGUUGUCAUGUGGUGUUGCUCCUGGUAUUCAGCUUCUCCAGGAUGGUUCUUUCAGAUGACGUGCAUGCAAGCAUCAAGAACAGAUUAGGCAAUGGGGAAAACUUGAGCAUACAUUGUCAGUCGAAAGAUGAUGAUCUUGGCCAGCAGGACAUAGCCGAUGGAAGUGAAUUUGGUUGGGACUUCUCAGUCAAUGCAUGGGGAACUACUCUACUUUAUUGUGAUAUGGAAUGGGAAAAUGCUAGGAGAUCCCAUUUUGAUGCAUACUCGUUUUCAAGGGAUCACACAAGAUGCGAGACUCAAUGCUCGUGGCUAAUAUCAAAAGAAGAUAUAAUACCUACCGAUUAUGUUGAAAUUAAUUUGCAAAUAAAUGAGAGUGUUAGUCCCAAUACUUGGACCUCUCAGAUGCUAGAUCAAACAGAGCUUCGGUACCAUAGAAAUAACCACUUAAACUCAAAGGCCUUCACUGCUAUGUAA